CGCUCGCUAUUCACCCUGCCGUGCAUUCUGAAGACCCUGAGACAAGAACCCUGGCAUUUCGCUUGCUCAUUUGGACCUCUUUUUUUUUUUCAAACUCAACUUUAGAGCAACAAAGCAAAUACAUUUUGCUUGUUCGCUGGAAUGCUUUUUCUCUGAUGAUUUAUUGAUCAUGGAUCCUCUAUACAACACUUCGCAAAACUCGAGCGGCCACGGGACUAACGGUUCUUUGGUCAAUGACACGGACGUGUUGUCGAACCAGUUCGUUCAGCCGGUGUGGCAGAUAGUUCUGUGGGCCAUGGCGUACUGCUGUAUAGUUCUGGUGUCAGUUGUUGGAAAUAUCACUGUUAUUUGGAUCAUUUUAGCGCAUAAGCGCAUGAGGACUGUGACCAACUAUUUUCUUGUGAACCUUGCGUUCGCAGAAGCUUCUAUGUCGGCUUUCAAUACCGUUAUUAACUUUGUGUAUGCAGUGCAUAACGAGUGGUACUUCGGACUUGUUUACUGCAGAUUUCACAACUUCUUUCCAAUAGCAGCUGUCUUCGCUAGUAUUUAUUCCAUGACAGCAAUAGCCCUGGACAGGUACAUGGCUAUCAUCCACCCACUCCAGCAGCGCCUGUCGUCCGCUGAGACCAAGCUGGUGGUGGGGGUGAUCUGGGCCCUGGCGCUGCUCCUGGCUUUCCCCCAGUACUAUUUUUCCAGCACCGCUCAGCUACCAGGACGAACCGUGUGCUACAUCAACUGGCCUGAGUACAGUGUGUGGGAUUUCCAAAAGACGUAUUACGUCUGUGUGGUCGUGCUUAUCUACUUUCUGCCUUUGCUCGUCAUGGGUUGUGCUUACCUGGUGGUGGGAUGCACUCUCUGGGCGAGUGAGAUUCCCGGAGACUCUUCAGACCGCUACCGAGAGCAGCUAACCGCCAAACGGAAGGUGGUGAAGAUGAUGAUUGUCGUUGUGUGCACCUUCGCCAUCUGCUGGCUACCCUACCAUGUCUACUUCCUGUUGCACCAGUUCCUUCCCCACUUGUUUGAGCAACGGUACAUCCAGCAAGUGUACUUAGGAAUUAUGUGGCUUGCCAUGAGCUCCACCAUGUACAAUCCCAUCAUCUACUGUCUUCUCAAUGACAGGUUUCGAGCUGGAUUCCAGCAGGCAUUCUCCUGGUGUCCUUGUGUCCCUCAAGGCUCAUACGAAGGUCUGGAGCUCAAGUCCACUCGCUAUCUUCAGACGCAGGCCAGCUUUUACCGUGCCAGCCGAAUGGAGACCACGGUAUCCACAGUGAUGCCGGUUGUUGAGGGGGACCUUCAGGAGAACACAAAUCGACGCUCCAUAGAUCUCACGUCUAAUGGUUCUUCACAAAGCGCUUCAAAGACUGUAUCAGAGUCAUCCAGCUUCUAUUCUAGCAACUAUUUAGCUUAGGAUGAAUUUGAAUGUAGGAAAUGCUUUGAGUGUUAAAGUACCAAUCUUGUGAGAAGAAGGGGCAAAUGAUACACGUUCCAGGCAAUGUCGUAGUGUGAGAUACAAACCAGACCAGGUUUUUAAGCUAAUGUGUGAAAACGUGAUAUGCAUAGUAUAUUGGAGCAUUAAUACUGUCUUUGUGUUUAGCUAAAGUUUACUACUCGAGGCAGCUGGCUAGAAAUCAUCCCUGGAAGAGUUGACCCAACAAUUUACCCAAUCGGCAUUUGCACCUGGACCCAGUGGGUUUGUUUAGGAAAACCUGACCAGCUGAUCCCCUUGGCAAUGAUCUGUCUGUCGUUACUGCUGCUUGUCGAUGAUACGAUAGCCAGCGUGACGACGUGGAAGGUUUGCACCUGUUGUUGCAUAUUACUGGACUACGAAGGUGACAAUAUAAAGGAUUUGUAUGGAAGGCAGAGAGGGUCAUGAUAAAUAUAGCGCAGCGAGAGAGAGAAAAAUGGACUUUGUACUAACAUAGCUACAUCCAUUUAUAUCGCCUUAAUUCUCUGUUAAAUCCAGAGUUAUUAUUAACAUGUUCUUGAGUAUCAGUUACAGCAAUACUGCCUUUAAAAAAAAGACCAUGGUAUUUAUUAUUAUUAUUAUUAUUUUAAGUCUACCAUUUGUUCUUGUAUAUGUCAAUAACAGUGCAAAUUAUUUAAAUGAAAAUAGAUCUCACGUCUAAUGGUUCUUCACAAAGCGCUUCAAAGACUGUAUCAGAGUCAUCCAGCUUCUAUUCUAGCAACUAUUUAGCUUAGGAUGAAUUUGAAUGUAGGAAAUGCUUUGAGUGUUAAAGUACCAAUCUUGUGAGAAGAAGGGGCAAAUGAUACACGUUCCAGGCAAUGUCGUAGUGUGAGAUACAAACCAGACCAGGUUUUUAAGCUAAUGUGUGAAAACGUGAUAUGCAUAGUAUAUUGGAGCAUUAAUACUGUCUUUGUGUUUAGCUAAAGUUUACUACUCGAGGCAGCUGGCUAGAAAUCAUCCCUGGAAGAGUUGACCCAACAAUUUACCCAAUCGGCAUUUGCACCUGGACCCAGUGGGUUUGUUUAGGAAAACCUGACCAGCUGAUCCCCUUGGCAAUGAUCUGUCUGUCGUUACUGCUGCUUGUCGAUGAUACGAUAGCCAGCGUGACGACGUGGAAGGUUUGCACCUGUUGUUGCAUAUUACUGGACUACGAAGGUGACAAUAUAAAGGAUUUGUAUGGAAGGCAGAGAGGGUCAUGAUAAAUAUAGCGCAGCGAGAGAGAGAAAAAUGGACUUUGUACUAACAUAGCUACAUCCAUUUAUAUCGCCUUAAUUCUCUGUUAAAUCCAGAGUUAUUAUUAACAUGUUCUUGAGUAUCAGUUACAGCAAUACUGCCUUUAAAAAAAAGACCAUGGUAUUUAUUAUUAUUAUUAUUAUUUUAAGUCUACCAUUUGUUCUUGUAUAUGUCAAUAACAGUGCAAAUUAUUUAAAUGAAAACCUAGCUUUUGAUUUGUGGCCACCGAUAUUCUAACAGACAUAGAUAUUCAUAGAUGUUGUGCAUAGUAAGUAUAAUGGCAUAAUGUCUAUUUUGAUAUAUGUCUAACUAUAUACAGCCUUUACAGAAGUUCCUGCAACAACUACUGACCAUUUUCAGCGUUGUCAAAAUCUAGAUUCCAGUAAGUGCUCGUUCUACAUGUUGCUUUUAAUGUGAGGUCCAUUUUCUCGUACAGUGGCUGUUGUACAUCUGUGUACAAUAUCAUGAUGUUGUUUGGCGUGUGCUCGCUUUACAUGCCUUUUUUAGCUCUAAAUUGUGCAGGCUCUUGCUUUGUAUGGCAGGUGUGAGAGCUGCUUUGAUGCCUGCAGAGGAACAAAAGAGCAGCGAUGUUGCACCUUUUGAACUGCUCUGCAGCUGCAUGCACUAGCAUCUCCGCUAACGUGAUAUCUCAGCCGUCUUAAUGGACACGUUAAAACAGAUAGAAACACAGUACUGGAUUGACUUGCUUUGAUAUAGUGCGGUUUUUUGAAGGCCAAUAUUUUACCAUAAACAAACCAUUUUACCAUUUUUUGGGACCAUGAUGUGAAGGUUAUGCAUCAAGUGAGGACAUAAAUAAGACUGAAGUAGCCCAUGUCUGUGAGAUUUGAGAUCUAGAUGGUAGUAUGCUCAAAGUUAAGCUGAUUUAAUUUUUAGCAGAUACACAUUUUAAACUUCCAGUCUUACUUUCUCUAGAAUACAGACACAAAAUAUUCACUCACGUUGUCAACGGCCAUAAAAUUAGUUUUUUUUUUUUUUGUCCAAACAAACACUCUCUUAAAUGAGAAAUGAGUCCUCUCUAAUAUCAACCAACACUCACCGACUUUGGCAAUUGCAAGCAAAAUAUGUACAUAAUCUGUUCAUGUAAAAUACUUGUGCAUAAAAUUCAGCUUUUAGUUGUCUGUAUAAAAUACCUGAGAGUGUAAGAGCUUUAGAUAUAUAGCCUUUCACUAUUAAUAUUAGACUGAAAUGGAGGAAACAUUACUGUGUACUUUGAGACUGGCAUUGCUUGAUUAUGUCUGCAAAUGUACAUUUGAAAUGGCUCGUUUGCCUCUCUGCUUUGCUCAAUAAAGUGACCAGAUAUCAUUACCAUAUUCAGAUGCAAUACAUUUUUAAAAUAAUUAUUAAUUCCAAACUUAACAAAAUAACUUUUGCAGCCUCUGAAAAGUUUUUUUUUAAUAUGAAUUGGUUUAACUCUUUAAUGAAUUAACUCUUUUUAUAUGAAAUGGUUUAACUCCCCACUUAAACUAAGAACCUAUCAUCACUCAUGUUAGAGAAAGAAGGUGAGUUAAAUGUGUAUGAAAGAACACAAUUAACAAGCCACAGCAGUGCAAUGAGAUAGAUGCUUUGACUGUGUCAAAUCAAAGCUCCUGAUUGUUUUUCAUCCUUAAAAGCUCCCUGUCCAGAGAAAAACUGGAACUGUGCUGUACUUCAGACUGGCUCUAUUUUUAAAACCAUUACUUCUAAUAGUACAUCAGGCUGUUCUGACAACUAUAAGAACACCUUGCCAAGCUUGAGCCGUGUUCUCUAUGGUCCUGUUCACUGGGGACAAAAUGAAAUCUGUUGGGUCCAAUAUUAUCAAGAUGUGCUGCAUGCUCUGACAAGAUGUCUGGCAUCGGCCUCCAUCAACUGUUAUGUCUUUUUUUAUACAGCAAAUAUUACGGUAGUGGAUUGUAUCAAAUAUUAAUUUAAUUUAAUAAACUUCUUCAUUAGCAAGAAAAGACUUAAUGCUUGACUAGACUAAUUAUGAUGAUGAUGCAUGGGGCAGGGUUCUGCCAAUGUGCAACCAGAUGAGACACAGGGCCCACAACCGAUCUAAAGUCUCCAGAUAGACAUUUGUUAUCCAUUCUCCAUGCCCAAGCAACAUUGCUCAAAAAAAUGUGCCUUGCAAAAUUGCUCAAAAAGUUGCCCAGUGUAUCAUCUGCCUACUCUAGACUUGGGAGCAACACCAAGCACUUCAGAUCAGUGUUACACUGUCACUACAUUUACGUAUUAAGCAUUGGCUAGAAUAACUGAGAGACUUGUGAUUGACAGACUGUGAGGCAAAAAACAAACAAAAAAACCCUAACAAAAAAUG